CCGCUACCUAACGGGGACCUAUGUCCAGGAGGAGUCACCUGAAGACAUGGAUGCAGGUGGGCGUUUUAAGAAGGAGAUUGUGGUGGAUGGACAGAGCUACCUGCUGCUGAUUAGGGACGAAGGGGGCCCUCCGGAGGCACAGUUUGCGAUGUGGGUGGACGCUGUGAUCUUUGUCUUCAGCCUGGAGGAUGAAAUCACCUUCAACACUGUGUAUUACUAUUACACCAGGAUGGCCAACUAUCGGAGCACGGCCGAGAUCCCCAUGGUGCUGGUUGGGACGCAGGAUGCCAUCAGUGCAGCGAACCCCCGGGUCAUCGAUGACUGCCGAGCACGCAAGCUCUCCAACGAUCUGAAGCGAUGCACUUACUACGAGACGUGUGCCACGUAUGGUCUGAAUGUGGAGCGUGUCUUCCAGGACGUUGCCCAGAAGAUUGUGGCCACUCGGAGAAAGCAGCAGCUCUCCAUUGGCCCCUGCAAGUCACUGCCCAACUCGCCCAGCCACUCCUCAGUGUGCUCCGCGCCCGUCACGGCUGUUCACAUCAGUCAGACCAGUAACGGUGGAGGGAGUUUAAGUGACUACUCCUCCUCUGUUCCUUCGACCCCCAGCACGAGCCAGAAGGAGCUGCGGAUCGACAUCCCACAGACGGCCAACACCCCCACCCCAGUCCGGAAACAAUCCAAACGCCGAUCCAAUAUAUUCGCUUCUCGGAAAGGCAAUGAGAUGGACAAGGAUAAGAAGAACUUGGAUUCGCGAGCAGACAGCAUUGGAAGUGGUCGGGCAAUACCAAUUAAACAGGGCAUGUUACUGAAGAGAGGUGGCAAGUCUCUGAACAAAGAAUGGAAGAAGAAGUACGUGACACUGUGCGACAAUGGGGUCCUGACCUAUCAUCCCAGUUUACAUGAUUACAUGCAGAACGUACAUGGUAAGGAGAUUGACCUGCUCAGGACCACGGUGAAGGUCCCUGGGAAGCGGCCACCCCGAGCUAUCUCCGCCUGCGCCCCCAUCUCCAGUCCCAAAACCAACGGCCUCCCUAAGGACCUGAGCAGCUUGCACAUCUCCCAAACCUCCGGUAAUGUGACACCGACCGGCUCCGCGUCUCAGAUGGCAAGUGGGAUCAGUCUGGUCUCCUUUAACAGCCGCCCUGAGGGCAUGCACCAGCGCUCCUACUCCGUCUCCAGCGCCGACCAGUGGAGCGAAGCCACCGUCAUCGCCAGCUCUGGGAUCAGCAGCGAUACCGGCCUGGGAGAUUCGGUGUGUUCAAGCCCCAGUAUUUCCAGCACCACCAGCCCCAAGCUGGAGCCCCCACCUUCCCCUCACGCUAACAGGAAGAAGCAUCGCAGAAAGAAAAGCACCAGCAACUUCAAAGCAGAUGGCAUUUCGGGCACAGCAGAAGAGCAGGAAGAAAAUCUCGAAUUCAUUAUUGUCUCCCUCACGGGACAAACGUGGCACUUUGAAGCGGCCUCCUACGAGGAGCGGGACGCCUGGGUCCAGGCCAUCGAGAGCCAGAUCCUGGCCAGUCUGCAGUCCUGUGAGAGCAGCAAGAACAAGUCGCGAUUAACGAGUCAGAAUGAAGCCAUCGCCCUUCAGUCGAUCCGAAACAUUAGGGGCAACUCGCACUGUGUGGAUUGUGAGGCACUGAACCCCGACUGGGCCAGCUUGAACCUGGGAGCACUGAUGUGUAUCGAGUGUUCAGGCAUUCACCGCAACCUGGGCACACACCUCUCGCGGGUUCGCUCCUUGGACCUCGAUGAUUGGCCACUUGAGCUUAUCCGGGUCAUGUCAUCCAUUGGCAACGAGUUAGCCAACAGCGUGUGGGAAGGAAGCACUCAUGGGCGCACGAGACCCUCGCCGGAUUCCCCACGAGAAGAGAAGCAGCGCUGGAUCCGUGCCAAGUACGAGCAGAAGCUGUUCCUGGCACCUCUGCCGUGCUCGGACCUGGCGCUGGGACAGCAGCUGCUGUGUGCCAGCGCCGAGGAGAGCCUGCGUGCCGUCAUCCUGCUGCUGGCUCACGGCUCCAAGGAGGAGGUGAACGAGACGUUCGGGGAGGGAGACGGUCGCAAUGCCCUGCACCUGGCCUGCAGGAAAGGCAAUGUUGUCCUCACACAGCUCCUGAUCUGGUAUGGGGUUGAUGUGAUGGGACGUGACGCUCAUGGGAACACGGCGCUAGUGUACGCCAGGCAGGCGCUGAGCCAGGAGUGCAGUGAGGUGCUGCUGCAGUAUGGCUGCCCAGACGAACACUUCAUUCUGGUGGCCACACCCAACCUGAGUCGCAAGAACCCCAAUCGCAACAACAACAACAGUGCCGAUGGGAAUGGCGAUGGCAGGGUUGGCGAUAGUGGGGGGAUGAGGAUGGACACCAGGCUGCCCACCGUUAUAUGAGGAACCCUUCUCCCGGCUUGUUGGAAGCGGUCUAUAGAGAACAGGGCUGUUCUGCCAGCCUGCAAUCAAAGCCUCUGCCUUUAUACAGUGUUGUGCCCGUGACACCCCACCCAACCCCAACCCAACCCUAUUCAGCGGUAACUUCUGACGUGCUCCUACCCACCCUUUGUCCCAGGAGGAAAGAGCUUGGAGCAAUGGGAAACAAACCCUCACAGACAACUGUCCCUUCUUCCUCUCUCUUCCUAUUCCCCCCCUUCCCCCCCCCGCUCCCCCUAGGAGAAACCCUGCCCGCUUCAAAGCCACUUGAUAAGUGACUUGACUUAUAAAGGCUCGUCCAGCCUGAGCCAAAGGGGAGACUUGUUAGCAAGAAAGGAGAGCGAGUUGGGAACUUUCAAGCGCUGCCAAUUAGCCGCUCGUACAUUUCACCUCUACCAAACUGGUUGAUUCAGCUCUUCUCGCAGACGCCCGCUGACAUAAAUCAGCCCAGAGCACGGAGUUUGUCAGGUUUGAAGAUCCUAUGAUGGUAUGUGUCAAAUCAGUUGUGGCUAAUCUGUCCGGGGAGAAUACUGGCUUCAUUACACUUGUGUAGUUGCCUUCUUCCACCGUUACCACUGUUUAAUAGAACAUGAUUAGUCAUCAUAGAGAAAAGCAUAUUAGCUGAGAAGGUAGUUACGUGCUAUGGUUCAGUGGUUACUGGGAUGUGACUGCAAUAUCCUCAGUAGCAGCACAUUAGCUCAGUCAUGUAAUUCCAGUCCUCUGAGCCCUCCUUCCCAAAUUCACUGUCAUAAUUUAGUGUCUAUUUAAUUCUUUCUUGCAUUGGAAGAAUGGGAUGGGGGUCUUUUUUCACUCUCUCUCUCGAUCACUCGCUCACUCACUUGCGUGCUCUCUUUCUCUCUCUCUCUCUCUCUCUCAUAGCCCCCUUCCCACCUUGCAAUGCAAUCUGUUUGAACGGUGAAAGGCAAAGAGCGCUGGCUGGAUUGUCAGGUCAAGCAGCCGGUGCUGUGCAGGGAAUAGGAACCAUGUCUAUGAUUAAAGGGAAGAGAGUACGGCCUCCUUUCAAAGAAAGGACAGGGAAUCGAUCAGUCGCAGCCUCAUUUCUCAGGCGCUCCUCACUGCCCUUCUGACCUGCGUGCUCAUUGGCUAUGUGUUUAAAGGAAAUAAGAGGGAAAAACACGAUACUGACAUACACUCACUCACACAC